AUGGCAUCCGAAACCCUCAAAGUCUUCACGCGCGUGCAGAACACCCUAAACGAGCUGCGCCUCGCCUUCGACGCCUGCCCACGCUCCCUCCUCGACCAGUACAACCGCAACCACCUCGCGAACCAUGCUUUCCGCUGGGACCGCGUCAAGCGCGACGUCAUCAUCGUCGCGGGGUACUUUGACGGAGACAUGAGUGAGGGGUCGCUGCGGUUUCUGCACAAGUUCAUGGAGGAUGUGGAGUCGUAUGCGCGGCAGUGUAUCGAACGGACGGCGCGAUUCACCGGCGCCGGUGCGGAAGGGAGAGUUACGGACGAGGAUAUACUCUUUGUCGGCGACUGCGGACAUGCGAUUCAGGCGACGCUGAAGAGUCUCGAGACGCUGGUGAGUGUGUAUCGCGAUCGGGAUGAGAUGAAGAGUCGGAUUGGGUACAAGUUGAGCAUUAGGCCGUAG